AUGGAGGCCGAGCCAGCCCCGGACUUGUCGAUGCUUCGAGAGCUGCUGGCGCCGCCCUGUCUGGACCCCGAACCGCCCCCGGAACUCGCCACCCAGCAGGCACCAAAGACCCCAGGAUGCCUCAGACCCAGUGGCAGGUCCUUCUGGCCUGCACACCAGGACUCGGUCACCGCCCUUCACUUCCUCCAAGAGACAGCAGAGGGGCUGGCCCAGCCCGCCACCUGGGACACUCAGGCCCUAGGGCCCUGCUGGGAGCCGAAGGCCCUGGAGACUCUGGGAGCCCUACCUCCGGCCAAGGAUACCGAGAACAUGCUGACCCCAGUCAGCCAGCAGAGCCGCAGCCUGGGGCCCCGAGUGGCUCCCCCGGCCUCUUCAGCCCAGCCACAGAGGAGACCCCGGAAGCAGUCGAACCCCCAGCGGGGCGCCGAGAAAGUGGACCCCCAGUUCGAGGGGGUGACCCUGAAGUUUCAGAUAAAGCCAGAUUCCAGCCUACAGAUCAUACCCACCUACAGCCUGGCCUGCAGCACCCGCUCUCAGGGUCCCCCACCAGGCCCUGCCAGAGUCCCAGAGGCCAAUGCAAGAGGCAGCGAGGCUCUGGGGCCCCGACGCUGUGCUUCCUGUAGGACCCAGAGGACCCCACUCUGGAGAGAUGCCGAAGAUGGGACCCCCCUCUGCAACGCCUGUGGUAUCAGGUACAAGAAAUAUGGUACCCGGUGCUCCAGCUGCUGGCUGGUGCCCAGGAAAAGUGUCCAGCCCAAGAGGCUGUGUGGCAGAUGUGGGGUGUUGCUGGGUCCCCACCCAGUCCCAACUCAGGAAGGGUAAGCCUUUCCUCACCCAGCCGAGCCUGUCCUGCCUCAGUUUCUCCAGGGGAAGAAUGGCCUGAAGGCCUCCUAGGGGAAAG